AUGGCAAGCAGUAAGAUCUUUGCUAUUGGCUUUCUCGUCCUCAUGGCCACUGGUUUAUCAAAAGCAAGGGAGUUUGACUGGGAGCACCCAACAACCAGUGCCAAUAGUCAGGUAGGGGGAGGAGGGGCAGGUGGAGGAUCCUCGAAUGGUUAUGGUUCUGGUUCCGGUUCCGGUUAUGGAUCCUCCGGGGCUAGUAAUACUCCCGGUGGGCUCUAUGGGACCGGUGACUCGAUGUCUAGAGGCGAAGGAGGUGGGGGUGGGGGUGGUAACAAUGGAGGCUACGGAGCUGGUUCUGGAUCUGCUUCAGGCAACGGCAACACCAUUGGCUUCUAUGGUGGUGGGUUUUCAGGUUCUGGAGGUAGUGGCGGUGGCGGUGGCCAAGGAGGCGGCCCCCUCAAUGGCAAUGGCUUCGGUUCCGGAUCUGGAAGUGGCAUAGGGUCAGGUAAUGUUUAUGGCCCGAAUGGUGGAACCUCAGUGAAAAGUGGGGGAGGUGGUGGUGGCUCAGCUAGUGGUAGUAAUGGUGGGUACGCUAAUGGCUACGGAGGUGCAUCUGGGUCUAGCUCCGGCCAGGGCGGUCAACCCUAA